AUGUUCCGCAAUCCUCGGGAAAAUGCUGCCUUGAGCAAUACAGAACAAGUCUUGCCUUCGACAGGCCGACCUCCCACGCCUCCAUCUGGUCGAUCUACCAGUACCCAGUCGCCAUUCUUCGCCGAUAAGCCAAAGACAGAUGUCAGAUCAAACUCGAACCCCGUCAGUCGUAUGCCAGUACUAGGUACAAUACCGCAGACGAAGAUCUCGACAGCGAAAAGAAAUGCAGCAAAGCAGAAUCAGAGCAUCUUGAGCUUCUUUGGCAAGGCGGAAAGAAAAGGUUCGUCAGCAGAAUCACCUUCGAAAGGUGCAGAUCUGUUCUUCGAAGAGACUACUCCACAUAAGCAGGAGACGACAAAACAGGAGUCGCAAGGCAGUAUCAAUUCACCAAGGUGGGAUAAUUGGUCUCAGGAUGAGAGUAGAUUCAACGAAAUCGAAAGUCCUCUUAAGAGGCGCAGGAUUGAUCAAGACACCUCGCCAAAUAGUCUGAUCCAUAGUCCUACCAUUCAGCCAGUAGGAGACUCGACUCAAGCAAAAGCGGCAGCAGAUAAAGAGGAUGUACAGCAGAAAAAGCAGUUUAAGCAAAGAGGUGGGUUUAUCGAUGAUUCAGAUGAUGACGAAGGUAGCAUUCCUGGUCUACAGAGGCUCGACGACGUUUCGCAAGAGCAGACCACUGAUCAGCUGCAAACUGAGGUAGACCAGGAAACACCACAAGAUUCAGGGGUGCCCCAACUGCAGAAACAGCCAAGCUAUAUUGAAGUGACUGAGGAAACCAAGGUUCCGUUGAAGCCUCCGGACGAAGAAGGAGCCGAGACCCCGGAACGACCGCAAUUGAAGAGACAAGGCACGAGCGGGUUCCAGGUUGAUGAGUUUGGACCGGAAGACUUUGACGAUGAAUUCUUCCCAGAAGGUGAAGAGUUCAUGGAACGGCAGUACAUGGAAGAGCAACUGGCAAUGGAGCGGGCUUUCGACGAUGACUCGAAGUCUGAAAGUGGGACAGAAGGUGCUACGACGCCAAGGCUACAGGCAGAUUCAGACGAGGUCGAGGAGGCAGACGCGGCAGUGGCAGCGUGUCCUAUAUGCAAUGGACUUAUGAAGGGCAUGUCAGAAACGGAAGCAUCUACUCACGUCAAUGCAUGUCUCGACGGCACUGCCAAACCACUUCCUCAGCCACCCACCACGAAUGGCGAUUCGACUGGUUCACCCAGCGUAGCUCCGCAACUAGGACAAAAACGUUUCCAACGAGCCGCGAUCGCGAGACCAGGUCAGGCAAAUCCACUUUCAGUCAAUGAAAAAGGCGACAAGCAGUCAGCGUUCAGCCAGCUUAUGUCAGGGCACGCUGAGGAUCGAGCCUGGGCUGAAGCAGCCGUCAACGAAGCACAAUCGCGAGGCAAGCAAGCCUAUCAGCGUACUUGCCCGUUUUACAAGAUCAUGCCUGGUCUGUACAUUUGUGUCGAUGCAUUUCGAUACGGCAAGGUGGAGGGCCAGAAUGCUUACUUUCUCAGUCACUUUCAUAGCGACCACUACAUCGGUCUCACCUCUCAGUGGUGUCACGGACCUAUCUACGCCAGCAAGGUCACCUGUAACCUCAUGGCGCAACAACUUCGGGUGAAUCCAAAAUGGCUGGUGCCACUCGAGUUUGAGAAAAAGGUCGAAGUCCCAAACACAAAAGGAGUACAUGUGACGAUGAUUCCAGCCAACCACUGCCCUGGCUCAUCCCUUUAUCUUUUCGAGAAAGUGAUAGGAAAGAAUAAAGACGGAUCUCCUAAGCUCAAUCGCAUCUUGCAUUGUGGUGAUUUUCGUGCUUGUCCGGCACACAUACACCAUCCGCAGCUCAGGCCAGACGUCUUAGAUGCUAUCUCAGGACAAACGAAGGAGCAAAAGAUUGAUACAUGCUAUUUGGACACGACAUACCUAACGCCGAAGUACUCCUUCCCAAGCCAAUCGGACGUUAUUGACGCCUGCGCCCAAAUGUGCAUUAGUCUUUCGAAAGAGAUCGUUGAUACGAACGAUUCAUGGGAACAAGUUAAGCUCGAACGGCAAGGAAGCACGAUGAAGAAAUUUCUCGAAGCAGGUGUCGAGCAGUCACCACCUCGAAUCAAGAAAGAGGCGGACGCAGAGGAAGAAGAUGUCAAGCCCAAAAAGCGAGGUCGAUUACUCGUCGUCGUAGGCACAUACAGCAUCGGCAAAGAACGCAUCUGUCUCGGUAUAGCACGUGCUCUCAAUACUAAGAUCUACUGCCCACCUCCCAAGAUGCGCAUAUGUCGAGCGCUCGAAGACCAGGAACUCAAUAGCCUGCUCACGAGCAACCCCACCGAAGCACAAGUACACAUGCAGAUGCUAAUGGAAAUCAGAGCCGAAACACUCCACGACUACCUCGUCGGCUUCCGAAGCCACUUCUCCCGCAUAGUCGGCUUCCGACCCACCGGCUGGAGUUACCGACCACCCAGCUCACGAAUGACAGACAACCCAGCCGUCAACACCGUUCUGCACUCGGAGAAUUGGAAGAGUCGCUUCACGAUGAAGGACCUGGUGCCUCAGCGUGGAUCGACGAGGGAAUCCAACUGCUUCGGCGUACCGUAUUCUGAACAUAGCAGUUUUCGCGAAUUGACGAUGUUUUGCUGUGCGUUGAGGAUUGGACGGGUCAUUCCCACGGUCAAUGUGGGCAGUGCGAAAAGUAGGGAGAAGAUGAAGGGGUGGAUUGAGAGGUGGGAUAUUGAGAAGAGGAAGAAUGGAUUGUUUACGGUGCCGGAGGAUAAUAUACAGGAGGGAUGGGGGAGUGGAGAUGGGAAGUUGAGAGUGGUCAAAGCCAUCUGA